GCAACCAGCAAGGACCAACCUCUUCCAACGAGCCCGCCCGCCCUCACACCUUUCAACGCGGACCUUGGGUUGCUGGAGUUCUUCGAUCCAUUCUUUGGACUACCUGCCGAACAGAUGGUGGAUAUGAGUCUUCCAGGACUCAAGGGGCUCACCGAAGGCUUCUCACCCCUCGAGCAAUUCAGUACUUCGAGCGUAGACUCUCGACAGGGCGGCAGAGAUUCGGAACUCUUCGUACCGAAUGAAACAGUAGGGACCGACCUAACUAAGUUGCACUCACCCAGUCAGCAAAGAGACGAUAGGGCCAUACCCGCAUCCAACACUAUAAGAGACUUCUUUAGGACGGAUCCGGCCGACUACUUCCUCAAUUCUGCUACUCCUAGUGUACCGGUGCCAAAAGUUCGUCGCAUGGCAAGCGCAAAGCCGCCUACAUUAAUAUUUACGGAGACCAUGCGAACGAAAUUGCUGGAGGACUUAUCGAGACGAUUGCCACCGGAGAAGCUAACUGACUUCCGUCUGCCGGUUGCAAUUGCGCUUCAAAAGUGCUUCCGCACGUUCGUCGACGCCUUUCAUGUCCAUCUACCCAUCUUUCAUCUUCCGACCAUGGACCUCGAACGCACGCCUUCGCCUCUUGUGCUCGCGAUGUGUGCCAUUGGCGCUCUCUACCGGCUAGAGAGAAAAGUCGCGGCGUUAUUAUAUCACAAAGCAGAUCAAGCACUUUCUGCGCGAACCCACCGUGGGAGUGUAGUCGAGAGGACACCAAACUUGUUGGAAGACUGGACGAUGCCUGUGCUUGGCCACACGAAUCGGUAUCGAGAGAACUUGUGGAGUGGACAGACCCGACUUCUCCUUACCAUGUUUGCCUCUUUCAGUGGAGAUCCUGAAGUCAUGUCCAGAGCAAUUGCAAAGAUUGGGGAAUUCAGCCUUGUG